AUGGCCUCCGAGCACACGGCGAUCCCAGCUCACCCGAGCAUCUUGCUGCUAAACUCGCGUCCCUGGCUCUACGAUCUUCAGGUCAGCAGACUCAAGGACGUGACAGACGAGCAGCUCACGACGGCCUUGCUCGGUGGAUCCGUGGAUGUGUGUUGGCUUCAAGGUUGCUGGGAGCUAGGCCCCUAUGGACGCCAGCACGACCUUUCCGACCCCACACGUCGGCAGCACUUCCAAGACUGCCUCCCCGACUUCUCUGAGGCUGAUUGUAUCGGUUCUCCUUACGCCAUCAGCCGCUACACCUGUAACCCUCACCUGGGCACAGAGGAGGAUCUGGCAGAGUUCCGGGCCCGUUUGGCCUCGCAGGGCGUGGCACUCAUGCUGGACUUUGUGCCAAAUCACAUGGCAAGAGACAGCCCUUGGAUCGACAUCCCAGACCUGUUCAUUCGAGGCCGUGACGGGAAAGUCGCCUUCGGCAAAGAUCCGUAUUCGGGCGACUGGACCGACACGGCUCAGUUGAACUACUGGUCGACAGCGUGCAGGGACCACAUGUUGCAGCAGCUGAUGGACGUGGCGGAAAGAUGCGACGGCAUGCGUGUUGACAUGGCCAUGCUCUGCGUGAACGACGUCAUCGAAAGGACCUGGGGUCACCACCUCCGUGAGCAGGGCUUCCACCGGCCGGGGGAGGAGUUCUGGGUUUGGGCGCUCCCGCGGCUCCGCGCGCGCCAUCCGAACUUCCUGCUUGUCGCGGAAUGCUAUGAGUACGAUGAGAUCCUGCCCAGCGGCACCAUGCGUGAGCUGCUGCGGCAGGGCUUCAGCGCUGCAUAUGACAAAGUGCUUUAUGACAGGCUGACAGAGGGGCACAUGGACAAGCUCCGGGGUCACAUCCUUCACAGCCCGGACAUGGCCACAGGACGUCUCUGCCACUUCACAGAGAAUCACGACGAGGACCGCGCUGCAGCGCAUUACGGGCCCCGCUCAUUGGCGGCGACCGUAGCCUCGCUGUCUCUUCCGGGCCCACGCCUCCUCAUGUGGGGCCAGGCUCUGGGGCUCCGGGCACGGCUCGCUGUGCACCUUCGCAGAGCACGCCAAGAGGCUCCGGAUUCAGCUCUUUCCGCUAUCUGGCCUCGGCUGCUUGCAGCGCUGCCACACUGCCGGGGCAGCUGGCAGGCGAGUCUGCCUGUGCAUGGGGACGACUCUUGGAGGUUCCUUGCGUGGGGCUGGAAGCCGGAUGGUGAGGCCGCCAAGUCAGAGGUGGUCGCUUGCAUCGUCGUCGUGAACUUCACCGAUUCGGCGGGCUGGGCCACAUUGAAGUUGGGAGCACUUCUCCCGGGAUCUCCACGCAGCGACUCGCUGGCCUUGAAAGAUGCCAUCGGUGGAGAGACCUUCCGGCGCAGCUGCAGCGCGCUGAACAACGAGGGCCUCGUGGUAGGCUUACAGCCCUACCAGUCACACCUACUCCUCUGCAGCUUUCAAUGA